UCCAGCGAGCCCGGGUCUCUGCGUGUCCAGGGUAAUGGGCGGUGUGCGCGGCCCCGCGGCCCCGCGGUCCGGCCGGGAUGCUCGUCCUCCCCCUGCUCCCCCUGCUCCUCCCGCUCCUCCUGCCUCCGCAGCCCGCCGUCCUUCACCGUGACUUCAGAGGAAUCUGCGAGCAGCGACGCGUCGGCGCCAGCUCUGCAGCAGCGGUAACCGCUCUGCUGGGAUCCGUUUAGGCUAAAGAGAAGGCAACAUAUAGAUGUGCAGCAGUCUCCUGUGUGUUGUUUACCCACCGCCACCCAGAGCCAGCUCCCACCCUCACCCCUCCUGCCACCCCUUUGUUUCCAGACAGAAAAAAUCUGUGCUUGUGUGAGGUGAAUGAGAUUUAAUUAGAAAAAAAAGAAACGAAAGGAGAGUCUUUUAAUUCAGUUUUCUCAUUUUUGGUUUCUACCCUCCAGUCCAGUGGAACCGUAGCUGAAGGACUGGGGAUUUUACUGGUGCACCACCGAGGGGAGGAGAGGAAGAGAGGCAGCCGGGGUUAGGAGUCUGGCAGGCGCUGGGUGAAUGGUGCCUGGAGAGGACGACGGCGGCAGAGGCAGCAGCAGCGUCGUCGACGGCAACGGGAGCAUGGCGUCCACGGGCAUGCAGAUAUUUGGAUUUGUCCUGGCGCUGCUGGGCAUCAUGGGCGCCAUGGUGGCCACCCUGCUGCCCAACUGGAAAGUCAGUGCGGACGUGGGCUCCAACAUCAUCACGGCCAUCUCCCAGAUGCAGGGGCUGUGGAUGGACUGCACCUGGUACAGCACCGGCAUGUUCAGCUGCACGCUCAAGUACUCGGUGCUCUCGCUGCCUGCGUACCUGCAGACUGCUCGCACCACCAUGGUGCUGUGCUGCGUCCUGGCCGCCAUGGGCCUCUGUCUCGCCUCGCUGGGGCUGAAAUGCACCCGGUGGGGGGGCGGACGGCGCUCCAAGCGGCACGCGGCGAUCGCCAGCGGCGGCUGCUUCGUCGCGGCGGGCUUCCUGUGUCUGGUGCCGGCUUCUUGGUUCACCAACGAGGUCAUUACCAAGUUCCUGGACUCCAGCGUGCCGGAGAGCAAUAAGUUUGAGCCCGGAGGCGCCGUGUACGUGGCCUUUGUUUCAGCCGGUUUCCUUCUGAUGGGGGGGUUCAUCUUCUGUAUGUCCUGCUCGGGGAAGAGGCACGGCCCUCAGGACCUGGUUUUGCUCCCCCCCCCUGACAAGCUGCUGCUCCAGCAGCAGCAGCAACAGCUGCUCCAGCAGCAGCAGGAGCUCCAGCAUCAGUAUUGCUCUCUCUCCCCAUUAGACAAUAAGACUGGCUACAGCCUGCAGGACUACGUGUAAUAAAAGCAGCACUGUGUGUGCUACGGAGAAAGAGACAGACGAGUCUGAGGGGAAACCGUCACAGCUUAUGCUACACACUGGGCUCGACUCCAGACUAAGGUGGAGGAAAAAAAAUUAAAGGAGGCGGCCAACAACUUAAAUUAAUUUUUACAAUCCUUCUACUCUACCUUGCUAGUCUCUUCUUUUUUUUUUCCUUUCUGUUUUGCAAGCACAAGCAGUGGAGGUAUUCUGCAAGCAGCAUCUUGGAAACAAACAGUGUGGAUGCGUAAGGAGCCGGGAUAAGGUGCUGCAGGAUGGAAGGAAGCCGCUAACCAAAUGCAGACACCCUUCAUCAGUAAAUCACAGAAAGAGAGCUCCCUCGGGAAUGGAUUAAGCAAAUAAGGAAGCCUUCCAUGUAGAUUUUUUCCCUCUCACCAAAGGUUUGAAUUGAGAGGGGGGAAAAAAAUGCAAUCAUUUAGCUGCUAUUUACAAUCGUUCAUAUCGGUACUCUCCCACUCGACAGAAUAGGCAAUAUAAAGCUCGAGAGCAGUAAGUAAAAGCCCUUUCAUAGCAAGCCAUUGUAGUUAUUUUGUAAUACCUAUACACUAGAAUGCAACAUGGAAUUGAUUGACAUAAAUGGUAAUAUUUUUGUUAGCUCCUAGAAUGAUGAUAUUUUGCCUCUUAAGCAUGCUGUGUGGCGCCGGUCUGUGUAUUAAUGCAGAGGAAUGCCUGGUAAAAAAAAAAGAAAAGAAAAGAAAAAAGACUGAACCACACAAUGCCUGUGCCUGAAAAGCUGUAGAAACAUUACCCUAAUGUAACGGUUCUGAGAGGACUGUCAGGAGGAGAUGAGCUGGGUCUGCUGGGCUGGAUAGAAGAAAGAAAACGCAGACACACGGAUGCCUGCGCCACUCUGCAGGUGGAAAUAUGGUAGAGAUGGAGAGAAAUUGACGACAAAGGAUUCACUGCUCCAGCAGUGGACAAUCCGAUGUGCUGUCUUGUUUUUUCUUUUUACAUUUCAAUUCAAACACAAACAAUCUGCCUGUAAGUAGCAGCUAUCCAUCAAAAUCCAUUCCAGACGUGUACACCCACACACAUGCUCAUGCCUCCGUGCGCCUUUAAGUACACAGUAAACAUUCAGAUGCUUUUGCAUGUGCUUUUCACUCAUGUCAUCUGCCUCUGCACUGCCAUGGAAACACAAUUCUCCAUUGAAAUCUCUUUAUUGUCUGGGGGUAUGUGCAUGUCAAUCCGAGAAGUUGUGUGGAUGGGGGCAUUUUCUUUUUCUUCCUCUAAUGCCAUGGCAUGAAACAAGCUAUAAUCAGAGCCUGUGCUCACACUGCUGUCACAAAUCUUCUUUAGCCUGUGACAUAUCUAUGGAUUUAGGUUUUGGAAAAGGAAAAAAAGAAAAAAAAACAAGCUCCUUUUUACAACUCUCUGCUGCAAUGAAGUAGUUUGCAUGUGGAUGAACUGAUAUUUAACCAACAACUGGGAAAACCGAGGCAGAAAAGGAAAAGCCCCUUGAGUCGACUGGAUAGCUCCGUGGCAUGCUGCUAAAAAAGGUUUGAGUCAUUCUCCAUAUGUGACUUGUUUUCCAAGUGCGUCAGCAAUGUGCAUAUGCCAGCCUACACCUGCAGAAAGUCUCCGUGUCUUAAAUUGCAUCCACUUGACUAUGCUGCCGCUCCUUUCCUAUACCACCCGUCACUCUUCAUUUCUCUACUCUUUCCCCUCUGACCUGCUUGUGUCAAGCGCCGCACGAGCGUGAUUCCCCGACAAGGGAACGCUGAUGCAUGCUGAAAGUGUGUCCUCCUGACGUGCACACAUAAACAAAAAAAUCCCCCACCAACCUACUCAUGUGUCAGCUACAUGGCUGUGCUUUCAUGGUUGUGUAUUCUGGAGCGUUUCAUCUCUUUCACUCUCAGCGAAGGGUAAAAGGGGAAUAUUUUGUUUGUGCUUGAGACAGGCCUUGGCAGGGCUGUGAUGUAUAGAACUGCACAUUCUCUCUUUCUCUCUCAUAAACAUACAGCUUGCUGGGGGAGAGCAGAUGGCUAAGCCCAGCUCGCCACCUGCAGGCUGUUGCCAGCACACUGCAGGCUUUUUUUUCCUACGGGCGCCGCCGGCCCCCCGGCAGCCCUGCAAGGGCCAGGGUUCUGCCCCACCCUAACUCAGCCAUCUUGCCCAGUUCGGGCUCCGGCCGAGAGAAGUGGCCUCCUGACAAUAACUCACUGCCCAGGCACCAUAACCAAUGCAAUAAAUAAAGUAAAGAAUGUGCCAUGUCAUCAGCUAAUACUGACACGUUAUUGUGUUUCGAGAAUGUGCCAAAAGGUCUCAUGAUGACACAUUUCAACAAUAUUCGAAGUUCUGUUUAUUUUUUUAUUAGGUUGUUUGUACAUGAAUUAUGCAUUUGGAAAUGUUUUAUGGAUUUGCAAUUUGUUCUGCCAGACUAAGUCCUAAGUCAACUAGAUGCUUGUGUACAGUCCAGUGCAGCUUUUGAGGGUUAUUUUAAAUCCUCUUUAGACCUGAUUUCCUAAAGCACAGCAAGACUUCACUGGGUAAGAGAGCAGCUUAAGAAAGAAAUAAGGGUGGCGUUUUCUUAAAAAAAAAAAACAACAAACAAAAAACAUGUAUUUGUGUCAGGAAUUGUUAUAAAACUGUCGGCCUGUGACAAACUGUACACAAGUGUCUAGGUUUUCAGUAGAAAAUACGAAACCACGUUCAUGCCAUAUCUUCUUUAUAAGAAGACUACUCAGUGCACUUUUACAUUGUGUUGCGAUUUGACAGCGGUUUGGUUCAAAUGACUGAGCAUUUCAAGCUCUCUGGACCAGGACAAACACAUAACACAUGUGGCACUCUGGACAAAAAGAGGAGCUGAUAGGAUUCAGCAGGGAAAUAGGAGCUAGAAAAAGUCUCUUUUUUUGUGGCUGUGCAGCUUGAUCAUCAGCACGUCAACUCAUUCGCUUAUAAGUGGCCAGAGUGCAAAGAACUUUUAGCUCCUCGAGUCUACGAUGUUACUACUGUCUUGCGUUUACUGUACGGAGAUGUCGACCUAUUAUUUUGAUAACUGCAGCUUAUUUUUGUGAAUGCUUUAGCACUUUUUACUUUGCCAGAGCAUAUUUGUGAUGAUGAACAGUUCACAAGUUCUGAUACCGUUGUCUCAAUGUGCUUGUGCAAGUAGUUCUAUUUUUUACCAAUAAAACUAUUUUGUGAAAGCAAAACAACCCUGCUGUGUUUGUGGCGGAGAAAUAUGGACGAAACGG